AUGGCUAAUAAUGAGGAAACCCCAGAAGUUGAACUCUCUGAAAUUGCUAUGUCGGAAACUCACGGCGAAAACUCGCCGUAUUUUGUCGGCUGGAAAGCUUACGAUCAAAUUCCGUAUAAUGAAUCCACCAAUCCUUCUGGCAUUAUCCAAAUGGGUUUAGCAGAAAACCAAGUGUCUUUUGACUUGGUGGAGGAAUAUUUAGAGCAAAAUUCAGAUGCUGGACCGGAUUCUUCUGGGUUCAGGGAAACCGCUUUGUUUCAAGAUUAUCAUGGGCUGCUCUCUUUUCGAACCGCUAUGGCUGGUUUUAUGGAACGAAUUAGAGAUGGAGCUGUGAAAUUUGACCCAAGUCGGGUUGUUUUGACUGCCGGUGCUACGGCGGCUAAUGAGCUUCUCACUCUCAUUCUGGCUAACCCUGGUGACGCUUUGCUGCUUCCUACUCCUUACUAUCCUGGAUUUGAUCGGGAUUUGAGAUGGAGAACUAAAGUGAAGAUUAUACCAAUUCAUUGUGAUAGUUCUAAUGAUUUUCAAAUAACUCGUCAAGCAUUGGAAGCUGCGUAUGAUAGUGCAAUGGCUAUGAAGAUCAAAGUUAGAGGAGUUUUGAUCACAAAUCCAUCCAACCCACUUGGCCUAACGAUCCAACGGUCCACAAUUGAGGAGGUUUUGGAUUUUGUUACAGACAAGAACAUCCACCUUAUUUCCGACGAAAUCUAUUCCGGUUCGGUUUUCUCCUCGGCCGAGUUCACCAGCGUGGCUGGGGUUUUGGAAUCCCGUGGUAAUAAGAAUGCCGACCGGGUUCAUAUUGUGUAUAGUCUCUCCAAAGAUCUCGGCCUUCCGGGGUUUAGAGUUGGGACAAUUUAUUCUUACAAUGACAGAGUUGUGACGACGGCUCGCCGGAUGUCGAGUUUCACGUUGAUUUCUUCACAAACGCAGCGGUUUUUAGCGGCCAUGUUGUCGAACCAGAAGUUUAUAGACAAGUAUAUUGAAAUGAACCGGGAUCGGCUCAGGAAGCGUUAUCAGAUGAUAAUUGAAGGGCUGCGAAUGGCUGGGAUUGAGUGCUUGAAAGGGAAUGCCGGUUUGUUUUGUUGGAUGAAUUUGAGCCCAUUGUUGAAAAAGAAUCCUACACGAGAAGGUGAAAUUGAGCUUUGGAAGUGUAUUCUGAAGGAAGCGAAAUUGAAUAUUUCGCCCGGUUCUUCCUGUCAUUGCUCUGAACCGGGCUGGUUUAGAGUUUGUUUUGCCAAUAUGAGUGAAGAAACCCUACAGAUUGCUCUCAAGAGAAUACAUUCUUUCAUGGAGAGGAUGAGGAACUCUCGUGAAGACAUAAUAUGA